AUGGCUGUAGAUGAUAAAUAUUUGUUGAAACAUUAUUUUGGGGAAUCGACGAAAGUAGCUUAUUAUGGUGUGAGUUUCAACCCUUAUGACCCACGCGAUGAAACCAUAUUUGCAACCGUGGGUGGCCGAAACGUCAUUAUUGCACAAUUUGAUAAUACUAAAUCUGUAUCUCUCGAAGUGUUACAAACAUAUGUGGAUGAGAAUACGGAAGAAAAUUUUUAUUGUUGCGCAUGGUCUUUUGAUCCAAUUAGUGGGGCGCCUUGGCUCGCUGUUACUGGAGCGCAGGGUAUUAUUAAAAUUUUAGACUCUAGCGUUGGCAGUGUCGUGCGGGAGAUAAAUGAAAUCAAAUUUCAUCCAAAAAGGCCAACAUUACUAUUCUCGGCGAGCAAAGACUUUUCUGUGCGAUUAUGGAAUGUAGUGACAUGUAUGCCUAUUUUGGUUUUUGGUGGUGAAUGUGGUCAUCGUGAACCUGUCUUGAGCAUUGACAUACAUUUAUCUGGAGAUUUCUUAGCUUCUUCUGGAAUGGAUCAUGCUGUUAAAAUAUGGUCUUUAUGUACGCCAGUAGUCAAGAAUGCCAUUGAGUCUUCUUUAAAACCUACACAACCAUCCCGUCCUCAACAGUCUUCUUCGUCUAGACAACAAACGUGCUGUAGAUCACAUGGAAAGCCAUCAGCCUCCGUAUUUGUGCAUUUUCCUAUUUACUCAACAGCACAAUUGCAUAAUAACUAUGUAGAUUGUGUCAGAUGGUAUGGUGACUUAUUAUUUUCAAGAUGUGCAGCAGAUGCAACAAUUCUAUUAUGGAAGCCCAAUGUCGAAUUAGUAGCAAGCGACAACUCUAAUAUAACAACUACCGUUGUUGGCGGUCCUGCUCAAUCGUCAAGCUAUGAUAUAAUUUGUGAGUUUGAAUUUGAUCAUUGUGAUAUUUGGUUUCUUAGAUUUGGUGUUUCUCCUGACUAUCAGCAACUUGCAACGGGAAAUCAAAUUGGUCAAAUUUAUUUAUGGGAUUUACAAGAUAUUCCAUUACUUAUUGAUAAAUAUAUUGAGAAAAAAAAAUCAAAAAAUACUGCAACUAAUAAAAAGGAAAAAGUAACGGUGAAAAAAAGAGGUGGAAAUGGGUCAAAUGGUGGGAAUGGAAAAAAAUCUGCGGCGAAUGUGAAUACUCAUAGUGCAAAUUCAAAUGGCAGUGGCGCAACAGCAUCUGGUUCAGGUAGUAACACUAAUGAUAAUUUAAACCAAGAAAAGGUCGAGAAGAAAGAAUGUAAACCAUCGAUACUUGGAAUAGAACCGUGUGAUAGUACAAUAAGACAAGUUGCAUUCUCAAAAAAUAGAAAUUGGAUGGUUGCAGUCUGUGAUGAUGCGACUAUUUGGUGUUGGAAAAUGAAUAGAGAAGUACAACAAGCUGGAAAUAGUAGAUAUGAUCCAAUGAUUAUAGAUGACUAA